AUGAGUAAUCAUCAAGAUCUUGGUGGCUCAACGCCACGGAAAGAUAACAUCGAUGAUGUGCCGCCCCAAAACGUCCAGACUUUCAACCCAGAUAUCCUCAGUGCACUUAGAGAGAUACUUGAAAAUAUGAAAGACGUGCGCAAAGACAUCCAGGAAGUUCGUAACCAAGUCCAAGAUGUUCGUGAUGACAUCCAUAACAUUUCCAACGAGGUUCAAGAUCUCCGGCAGGAUACCGGAAACGCAUAUCAGGAGGCUCGUGAUGUCCGCCAUCUAGUCUCUGAAAUCAAUAGAGAGCUAGCGGACCUGCGAAGUGGACGCCAGACCAGCCAGACCAGCCAGAACACAGAGGGCCAGGACGAUUGCCGUGGUUGGGAAUCUGAUGACCAGAAUGGCUGGGGUGAAGGCCUGCACGAGGCUCGACCUCAAGCUGGCUUUAUAGAUCACGCCGUCCCUAAAUCGGUUGACGAAGCUAUAGCCGAACGUCGUGGGGGGGACAUGUUUGCUGGAGAUUCUUCUGAGGGCCUGAGAGAGUCAAGCGGCAAGAACACUGGCUCUUCCUCACAUUGGGAGACAGCUACGGACUUAGACUCAUGUGUUGUGAAGGAAGAGAUGCCAGAUGCAGCAUCGGAGUUCAACAUGAAAGACCCAAAGAACAUCCAGCCUCUUGAUGAUUACCACCUCGACGAGUUCCGUGCGGACAUGGUUCAAAUAGCCGAGCUUGCAACAAAGUUCAACAAGUUGCCUGCAGAUGCUUUCAGCACAAUGAAUGAGGAGACCAAAUCUCUUUUCGUCGAGAUCACUACAGUCGCAGACCAGAUUCGGCCGAAAGUUGCAGCCCUUGCUGAGUUCUCGCACAAUUCAUACACAGUGGUGGACACCAAAGAGAAAGUAGCGGAAAUGGUCAACACUCUGACAGCGCUACCAAUUGAUGAGCCGAACAUUGCUGUUGACCUUGAAGGCAAGAAGCUUGGCCGCGACGGUCCGCUAUAUAUACUUAUCAUCCAUGAUUACAAAGCCGAGCACACAUACAUCGUCGACGUCCAUACCCUUCAGCUCGAGGCCUUCGACACGUGUGGCGCAGAUGAAGAAAAGAACCUGCGCUGGAUAUUGGAGUCAGCGGAGACACCGAAGUUGAUCUAUGACGUCCGUCAGGACUCCGAAGCUUUGUACCAUCAAUUCGAUAUCAGACUUGACGGUAUCCUGGAUGUCCAACUCUUCAAGCUUGCGGACAUGUCGCAUUCCUUCGAGUCUCCAGCACGGUAUCGCACGGGACUAUUCAAAGCGAUCUGUUACAGCAUCGACAUGACAAUGGAGGUUCAGAACAAGUGGUUGCAUAUCAAGGACGUGGGUAAGCAACUCUGGAAUCCAGAUCAGGGCGGCUCGUGGGAUCGCUUCACCGAGAAGAACAAGUGCAGAGCGAUCAUCGAGUAUUGCCUAGUCGACGUUGUCCACCUGCGCACCCUGUACCGCAGAUUCUCGAAAGGAUUGUCCGAGCGCUGGUUAGCUAGAAUCAAGGCGACAACCAAGGAGUCCAUCGAAGAGACCUGGAAGGAUGAUUAUGAAAGCUCAGGUGCGGAAGGUCCGUGGGAGCAGCAAUACUAG